AUUCCUGGCCGCCAGUACAAAAGUAUGAAAACUACUGAACUAGUAAAAGAAAACUGGUCAGGUCAAUCGUUGUUAACGUUCAGUGUUACAUGAAUGAGGUUGUUCCUUGAAGUGGAACAUUGUUUUAGGAUACCUUGUUCUUUUAAAGGUGAGUAGAACAGCAUGUUUGUUUAAAAUCUGUUUUUAAGAAUCCAAAACAUUAAUAUACUACAUAGUUUAAGAAUUACCAACAUAUUAACCUUUUCUUACCUGCCGAAUUCUAUGUUCAGAUUCUACCCAUGCAUCAGUAUUUCCACUAAAACAUGACUUGCAUGCAAAAUUUUGACUUCAAGAAGCCUAAAAGAGCAGACAAGGGGUUUUUUUUCUUCAUUCUUUUGAUCAUCCCUAUAUGGAAGGAUCUUCCAUGCUUGAUUUUCUACUCUGCCUUUUUCUGUGGCAGAGUCCCUACAAGAGGGCAUUCCCUUAUAACACAGUUCCUUUGGAACCAUCCUGCCAGGUGCUGAGGGCCAGUGGUGGAGCAGAGAUAGCGGCUUCUACAAAAUCGCUUGGGAUCUGAGAGUUUGAAGAGAGAAUCAGAAUACUAGAAAUGGAAGGGACCUCAAGAGAUCAAGUCCAGUCCGCUGCCCUUGAAGGAAGCAGAAAAAGCUGUAUGACCAUGGAUCUGAAAUAUAUAUCUGAAGGUGUCGAUUGCUGCUGAUACGUGGGGGGAAACUCCCUAUCAAAGCUGUUUAAAUGAGAAUGUCCCUGGCGCAGAGAGUGCUGCUUACAUGGCUUUUCACAUUACUCUUCCUGAUCAUGUUGGUGUUAAAACUGGAUGAGAAAGCACCGUGGAACUGGUUUCUUAUAUUUAUUCCAGUCUGGAUAUUUGAUACUAUCCUUCUCGUUAUGCUAAUUGUAAAAAUGGCUGGACGAUGCAAGUCUGGUUAUGACCCUCGCAAUGGUUCUCAAAACAUAAAGAAAAAGGCCUGGUACCUCAUCGCAAUGCUGCUUAAAUUAGCUUUCUGCCUUGUCCUUUGUGCUAAACUGGAACAGUUUACUGAAAUGAAACUAGUGUAUGUCUUUAUCCCAUUAUGGGCCUUGCUCGCUGGGGGAAUAAUUGAGCUUGGAUAUAACAUCUUCCGUGCACGAAGAGACUAAAUUGUAACAAAACUUUUUCAAAUGACCAGUAUCAAAUAACUAAGUCAUCCUAUCUUGGUACACUCUUAAACUUCACACACAAACUUCAAAUAAUAAAUGUCACUUUGAAAUUUUGAUUUAAGAUAGGCUGGGAUUAAAGUGAAUUUUUCAGUUCCUUAGAACUCUCACAAAUAUUCUGAUGUAAAUAAAAGAGAUUUGACUUCA